GUCAAUUUUCAUUGACCAACAAAAAUUUACAAAUAAAUAAAUAUUUUGCUCAAUUUUAAAUGUAUUUUAAUAUGUUAAAACUACAAAUUAUAACAAAGUGACAUGGUGGCAGACACUAGAGAUUUUGAGGAACGAUACUCGGCGUGCUUCAAGGAUUUUGCUCUGAAAAUUGCGGCCGGAGCAAUAAUCGGCAGCAUGGCAGGCGGCUUCUUCCUGCGCGGCUACGGGCGCUGGCCCACGGCGCUGGGCGGCGGCGUGGGGUUCGGCGCGGCCUACAUCAACUGCGAGAGGAGCCUGAAUAGCUACCUCGUGGGUCAUGACCAGAAGGCGUGCCGGAUUAAAAAAAGGCCUUGAUAUCUGUUCGGUGCAGUAAAACGUCGCAUGAAAGGAAAUGUGGAAUAAAGAUGUGUAUGUAAAUGUAACAUAAUAAAGGGAAAAGUUUAAU